AUGGAAACCCCCAAAAACCUCCUCCAACUCUUCCACCACCUCCGCCACCGCCUCCACCGGCUCCUCAGCCUCAUUUCUCUAAAAGACCUUCUCCUCUCCCUCCUCCUCCUCAUAUGCGGCCUCUCUCCCGUCACCCUCCAUCUCUCCGGCGGUGCCACCUCUCUCUACAUGUGGGCGCCCCGCCGCCCCCCCCGUCGCCGCCCCCCCCGCCCCGCCCUCGUUCUCAUCCACGGAUUCGGCGGCUACUCCAAAUGGCAGUUCGAGCGCCAAAUCGCGGCGCUCUCCCGCCACUUCGACCUCUACUUGCCGGACCUCGUCUUCUUCGGUGAGUCGGAGUCGGUGGAGGAGAAGCGGUCGACAAUGCUGAAAAAAAAUAGGAAGGAGAGGGCAGAACUGCUGAAUGAACUUCUAUCAAAUGGCGUUGGUUGUGGCUCUCUUCCAAUUCUUAAGCAGGAAACCCUAAUCCUAUGGGGCGAAAAAGACUCCAUUUUCCCGUUGCCUCUUGCUUAUGCUCUGAAGAGGCAUUUGGGAGAUAAGGCGAAAUUGCAGGUGAUUAAGGAAGCUGGGCAUGCAGUGACAUUAGAGCAGCCUCGACAUGUAAAUAACAUGAUUAGGAGGUUCAUUUUGCAAGAAAAGGUGGCUUAAGAUGUGGGGGAAUCAUAUAUACUUACAUGGAUAUGUCAUGUGUUUUUUUAAAACCUCGCAUAAAAAUUUCACCUUGAUCAACUUUGAGCUCAAUCACUUGUAUUUUGUGUUUAGCC